AUGUACAAGGCUGGCUCGUUCUUCAGGGAUCAUGCGGACAACGACGUCGAACCGGAACGAGACAAUGGCAGGACUUUUACCUUCAUCUACAUCCUGCGAAGCCCCUGUCAAAUGCGCAUGUCUGCGUUGAACAAGACGGCCAAGGCGACCACUCUAAACCUGCAGCCGAACUCCAUGCUAAUAUUCAAAAGUAGAAGGUUCAAGUACGAAAUUCCAAAGGAAGAUCACAAACGAGUCAUGAUCUACUACUGGUGCCAUGGCAUGAACGACGUAUGA